GUUGGAAGUAAAUCACUGACCGACUCGGUUAAGAGUAAAGGAGGGGUCUUUGUUUUAUUGGCGGAGGAGAGAAUUGGUGAUACUAGUAGUAGUAGGAUAAGCUUCCUCUUCUUCCUCUACUCUCUCACUCAGACGCAGCCGAAUCUGUCCUCCAUGGCUUCUUCGAUGCUCAACGGGGCCAUUACCUUCCCCAAGGGUUUAGGUUUCCCCGCUUCCAGAUCCAUUCCUCGCCCGACCUUACUCUCCGUCCCCCGUACCACCACCACACCUAGACUCUCCGUGACAACUCGAUGCACCACCGUCUCCUCCUCCUCCUCCUCCUCCUCCUCCUCACGGCCAUCGGCGCAACCUAGGUUCAUCCAGCACAAAAAAGAGGCUUACUGGUUCUAUAGGUUCUUAUCCAUCGUCUACGACCAUAUCAUCAAUCCCGGCCAUUGGACCGAGGAUAUGAGGGACGACGCUCUCGAGCCCGCCGAUCUCAGCCAUCCCGACAUGCGCGUGGUCGAUGUCGGCGGCGGCACUGGUUUCACUACUUUGGGCAUCGUGAAGACCGUCAAAGCUAAGAAUGUCACCAUUCUGGACCAGUCCCCACAUCAGCUGGCCAAGGCAAAGCAGAAGGAGCCUUUGAAGGAAUGCAAGAUCGUCGAGGGAGAUGCUGAGGAUCUCCCUUUCCCCACUGAUUAUGCCGAUAGAUACGUUUCUGCUGGAAGCAUUGAGUACUGGCCUGACCCUCAGAGAGGCAUAAGGGAAGCCUACCGGGUUCUCAAGAUCGGUGGUAAAGCGUGUCUCAUUGGCCCUGUCUACCCUACCUUCUGGCUCUCUCGCUUCUUUUCUGAUGUCUGGAUGCUCUUCCCCAAGGAGGAAGAGUACAUCGAGUGGUUUACCAAAGCAGGUUUCAAAGACGUUCAGCUCAAGAGGAUUGGCCCCAAGUGGUACCGUGGUGUUCGCAGGCACGGCCUUAUCAUGGGAUGUUCUGUCACCGGUAUCAAACCUGCCUCUGGUGACUCCCCCCUCCAGCUUGGUCCAAAGGAAGAAGACGUUGAAAAGCCUGUCAACAACCCCUUCUCAUUCUUGGGACGCUUCCUCUUGGGAACCCUCGCCGCUGCCUGGUUUGUGUUAGUCCCCAUCUACAUGUGGAUCAAGGAUCAGAUCGUUCCCAAAGACCAACCCAUCUGAUCCAUCUCUUGUAGUAUAUGAAGAGUGUUAUCAUUGUAAACCCUCUUGCGGUAAAGAUAGAUUUGAGUCCUAUCUCUGAACAAAGCGGAAUAUCAUGAAACCUUCUUUCUUUACAUAUCUUUUACUUGACAUAUC